AUGUCGACCAGUCUGCCUUCAGAAGGCCCCGUCAGAGACAAGCCCUUUCCUGGGGCAUCUGGACACCUAAAGAUUCAUCACGUUGACCUCAUGAAGGACGAUAAUGCCAUAAACCACCACACGUCAGAUUUCAUAUCAGACAAACUCAUAGUGCGAAGAGGAAAGGAGUUUCACCUGCGGCUGCUGCUUAACCACACCUUACAAUCGUCAGACAGCUUUGAGGUGCAGCUCAUCACAGGACCAUCCCCUAAUGUCAACAACAAAACCCUGCUGAAUCUGAACCCGAAAAAUCCCCAGAAACCUCAUCAUUGGCACUCUUCUAUUUAUAAGGAGAUGGGCUCAGAGGUCAUUCUGAGUAUCACCAGCCCCCCCAGUGCCAUUGUGGGCAUAUACUCACUGCAAGUGGGAACUGAUUAUCAGGAUGUCAGCAAGUCCGAGAAGCACGAGUUCUAUCUGCUCUACAACCCGUGGUGUGAAGAUGAUGUGGUCUACAUGCCCAUUGAGGAGGAGCGAGCGGAAUAUGUUCUCAACGAUACAGGCUAUGUAUACAUGGGUGAUUUCAAAAGGAUCCAAGAAAAACCCUGGAUUUUUGGUCAGUUCGAGGAGAAUGUCCUGAGCUGCUGCAUGUACCUGUUAAGCAGGGGCCUUCGGAAGAUCACGGAGACAAAGGACCCCGUGCUGGUGACCCGGGCCAUGUCGGCCAUGAUGAGCAGUCAAGACGACAACGGCGUGCUUGUUGGGAACUGGUCAGGGGACUACAAAGGCGGUGUGGCCCCUUUCAUCUGGAACGGCAGCGCCCCCAUCUUGCAACAGUACUACACCACAAAGAUGCCCGUGUGCUUUGGCCAGUGCUGGGUGUUCUCGGGGAUCUUGACCACAGUUCUGAGAGCCUUAGGGAUCCCAGCACGCAGUGUGACCACCUACCAGGCAGCCCAUGACACGGAGAAGAACCUCACAGUGGACAUUUACAUGGAUGAAAACGGCAAGGUCUCGGACCUGACCAAUGACUCCGUCUGGAAUUUCCACGUGUGGACGGAAGCCUGGAUGAAGCGAAAGGACCUGCCCAAAGGCUUUGAUGGUUGGCAGGCUGUGGACGGGACGCCUCAGGAGAGGAGCUUCGGUAUCUACUGCUGCGGACCAUCGCCGGUGUCUGCCAUCCGCAGUGGAGAAAUCUUCAUAGGCUACGACACCAAGUUCAUCUUCUCUGAGGUGAACGCCGACCAGAUCGUCUGGCUGAUGAAGACAGUGAACGGGAAGAAAUACUUCAAAAAGGUCUCCGUGAGCACCAACAACGUUGGGAGAAGUAUCAGCACGAAGGAAGUGGGCCACGAUUCCAGGAGAGACAUCACCAAUGAGUACAAGUUCCCAGAAGGUUCCUUGGAGGAGCGUAAGGCCAUGGACCAUGCUUAUGUUCUUUUGGAUCAGGAAAGGAAUCCUACAGAAACUGACAAGGAGACACUUCUGAAGAUAUUGGCCAAGGCAGACCCCGUGCUCCUGGGAGAGCCUGUGAAAAUCGUUGUGACUCUACAAAGAAAUACAGCUACUACUCAGACUGCCAAAGUCCUCUCCUCUUUUGACCUACAGUCAUACACAGGCUCCGAAGCUGUACCGGUGAACUCUCUCCUGAACAACAUCGAGAUGAAGCAAGCAGUGACGGAAUUUACUCUGACCUUGGACCCUAAUACCUAUAUGAAGAAGGUGAUUAAGUUUGGUGAUGUGCCAGUCAUCAAAGGUCUCCUGGUUGCAGAAAUUAUAAACUCCAAAGCCUCAGAUUCUGCCGAAGUGUAUGUGCAUUUCAAAUACCCCAAGAUCUCUAUUGAGAUACCUUCCAAAGUCCAGGUCGGCUCUCCGUGCAUCUGCACCUGCACCAUUCACAACAUCCUGAACAUCCCUCUGACGAAUGCCAAGUUCCACACGGAAAGCCUGGGCCUCAGCCAGCGGCAGAUUUUCCACAAAGGGGUGGUGGAGCCGCAAAAGAGUGCCAGCAUCCAGGUAAAAUGUAACCCGACUAAACCUGGGGAAAAGAAAUUAAUCAUCAAGUUCUUCUCCAAUGAAGUGAAAGAAAUUUACAAAGAGAAGAUUGUUCACGUCACCAGAUAG